UGGUGCCAAGGUGACGACGGACUGACAAUGCGAAUUCAGACCCAAUUGUAUUUGCAGAAAUUGCGAUUGCGUACUAGUUGCUGCUUUUUCGCGUCCCAUUUGCACAAAUUCGCUCAUUCAGCUCCUCUCUAUAAAGCUUGCUCAUUUCGGUUUUAAUCUCCUCCUCUUACUGUAUACGCAGGACCUUUGCGUUAGCUUCUUUCAGUUUUUGUUUUCAUGGGGGAUCACGGCAAGGCCAAACUGGAUAUUUCAUUCGCUGGAACUUUUGUCAGUAGUGCUUUCGCUGCUUGCUUCGCCGAGAUAUGUACAAUUCCAUUGGAUACUGCCAAGGUUAGGCUUCAGUUGCAGAAGAAAUCUGUUGCCGGGGAUGGGAUAUCUUUGCCAAAAUAUAGGGGAUUGUUGGGUACAGUUGGCACCAUUGCGAGGGAAGAAGGUUUAUCUGCAUUAUGGAAGGGCAUUGUGCCAGGAUUACAUCGUCAAUGCCUGUUUGGAGGUUUAAGGAUUGGAUUAUAUGAACCUGUUAAAACCUUUUAUGUGGGCAAAGAUCACGUUGGGGAUGUGCCGUUAUCAAAGAAAGUACUUGCUGCACUCACAACUGGUGCUGUGGCUAUUACAAUUGCUAAUCCUACCGAUCUUGUGAAAGUGCGACUUCAAGCUGAAGGUAAACUGCCACCUGGUGUGCCAAGGCGGUAUUCUGGAGCAGUAAAUGCGUAUUCAUCUAUCAUGAGACAGGAAGGAGUUACAGCUUUGUGGACUGGACUUGGCCCCAACAUUGCACGUAAUGCUAUCAUAAAUGCUGCUGAAUUAGCUAGUUACGAUCAAGUAAAGCAGACAAUUCUGAAAAUCCCUGGCUUCAGCGACAAUGUUUUCACCCAUCUCUUAGCUGGUUUGGGAGCUGGUUUUUUUGCAGUCUGCAUAGGAUCUCCAGUUGAUGUGGUCAAGUCGAGGAUGAUGGGAGAUUCCACAUACAAAAGUACACUUGACUGUUUCGUCAAGACUUUAAAGAAUGAUGGACCUUUAGCCUUCUAUAAAGGCUUUAUUCCCAACUUUGGAAGGCUAGGAUCUUGGAAUGUGAUAAUGUUUCUAACGCUGGAGCAGGCUAAGAAGUUUGUUAGAAGUAUAGAGUCAUCAUAAAAGCAGAAGGAACAGAGCACAAGGCCUUUUCUGAACGCAUCAUUAUAUUAAUCUGCAGCUGUUAGACGCCGUAUGGCUGAAAUAAUGUAUCUUCAGCUGCCUUUUUUUUUUUGCAAUUAAUAAUGCUUACUUGCUAGAGGAAUGAAUGUAUUUUAGGGAAACAGAAACUUAUCUGAUUUUCCUUGAUUUUUUAAUAUCAGAACAAGAACUUUUCUGUUCUCUCCCUCCAUAUGCUUAAAAUUAAUAUAGUAGAUUAAAUUAUUAUUGUUGUUGUUAUGUUAUUUGAAUUUGACAAGUAAGAUCGCAGGUAAUGUGACAUCAGGAUUUGAAAUCUGGCUUUCAUUCGUUCCCCUCUGGGUUUGGGGGAAAAUCCUAUUUUGCUCUCUAUAAUGGGUCUCUCUCUUCGUUUCUUCCUGCAGUUGAGGACGAGAGAACAUAUUAGUUUCAAUACACAAGAGAGAACCCACCUAUCAUUUCAUCCAGAUG